AUGGAGUCCGCCGGAAUCCACCAGACUGCUUACAAUUCGAUCAUGAAGUGCGACAUCGAUAUCCGCAAGGACUUAUUCGCCAACACCGUUCUCUCCGGGGGAACCACCAUGUACCCAGGGAUUGCUGAUCGCAUGCAGAAGGAAAUCGCCGCUCUUGCCCCAUCAGCCAUGAAGGUCAAGAUCAUCGCCCCACCGGAGCGCAAGUAUUCAGUUUGGAUUGGAGGAUCUUACAAUUCGAUCAUGAAGUGCGACAUCGAUAUCCGCAAGGACUUAUUCGCCAACACCGUUCUCUCCGGAGGAACCACGAUGUACCCAGGGAUUGCUGAUCGCAUGCAGAAGGAAAUCGCCGCUCUUGGCCCAUCAGCCAUAAAGAUCAAGAUCAUCGCCCCACCGGAGCGCAAGUAUUCCGUUUGGAUGGGCGGAUCUAUUCUCGCUUCACUCGACAGCUUCCAAGAGAUGUGGAUCUGUAAGGAAGAAUAUGAUGAUGCUGGACCAUCUAUUGUCCAUCGCAAGUGCUUCUAA